CUCAAACUUUCUCAGCUUCUGCUCCUGCUUUUUCCCGUUCUCCAUCGUCCUGUCCGUAUCUAUCAGUAGAAAUCUCCAAUGGCAGAAGUAAGUCUUGGGAUGCUUAUAGACAUUGUGGAUGAAGAGUGGAUGAGGGACACUCUCCCUGAUGAUGAUCUCCCAUUGCCUCCAGUGCUUGCUGUUAGGACUGAUGAUACUGAAGAAACCAAUCAAGAAACUCAGCAGCCAGAUAGAGAAGCUUGGCAUGAUCUUGCACUGGAUACACAGUAA